AUGGCAAUGCUGGAUGCUAAUUCAAAAUGGAUACAGAAUGGUGUCACCGUUGCUGGAGGAAAUGGAGGAGGCAAUGGAAUGAAUCAACUCUGCAAUCCAUGGAGUUUAUGUGUUGAUGACGACCAAGCUGUGUACGUUGUUGAUAAUUCGAAUAAUCGUAUUGUCAAAUGGACAUGUGGUGCAACGACUGGUCUAGUUGUGGCCGGUGGAAAUGGACAAGGAAACCUAGUUCAAUGGGCUCGUCAAAGUGCUACAAAUGGAAAAACAAUCAUUUCAGAUAUUGAAUGUAUUGGAUUAACAGUUGAUGAUGAUGAAUUUCUCUAUAUUACUGAAAAUGAUAAACAUGAAGUUAGACGGUUUCGAAUGGGGGAAAGCAAAGGAACAGUGGAGGCAGGUGAAAAUGGACCAGGAAGUCGUCUCGAUCAAUUUGAUCAACCGAGAUACGCAGUCGUUGAUCGAAAUCAUUCGAUGUACAUAUCGGAUAUAAAUAAUCAUCGUGUGAUGAAAUGGAUGAAAGAUACGAAACAAGGUAUUGUUGUUGCUGGUGGUCAAUGUGAAGGAAAUAGUCUUGGACAAUUAUCAGAUCCUCAUGGAAUCAUUGUGGAUCAGUCCGGUACUAUUUAUAUUGCUGAUUAUGCAAAUCAUCGAAUAAUGCGUUGGCUUCAAGGGACUACUGAAGGAAGUGUUAUCGUUGGUGGAAAUGGUCAAGGAAGUCAAUCAAAUCAAUUCUGUUACCCAGUCAGUUUGUCGUUUGAUCGAGAGGGAAAUCUGUACGUGAGUGAUCUUGGAAAUCAUCGAGUACAAAAGUUUAACAUUGAUCGAAGUUGA